UCCGCGCGCUUGUCCGAGUGCGCCAGUCCGGUAUAGCUCGCGACCCUGCGGUUAUGGUGCCACGUGCAUAAAGGAGACUACAACCCGGGAUGUUAUUUUCCAUCACAAUGCACCAGACCUAUUUGGAAUAAUUAUCGUGGUUGCUGUUAUUCAUUCUUUGCUUGUCUUGGAGUUUUGUUUUUUCCCUUGGAUGAAAGUGUGCGCGCGCGGUACUAUGGCUGGGAGCUCGGGCUCGGGUUUGGAGCUGCAUGCUGUGCUGUUGCUGCUGCUGCUGAGCGGCGGCACAGGAGUGGCGCGCGCGUUCGGUACAGGCGGCGCGGAGGAGGAGGAGUCGGAGUCCGCGUGCGAACCGAUCCGAAUGUCUAUGUGCCGUGACCUAGGCUACAACGUCACGCGCAUGCCGAACUUGGUUGGCAACGUACUGCAGGCAGACGCCGAGUUACAGCUGUCUACUUUCACCCCACUCAUCCAGUACGGCUGCGCCAAACAGCUGCGGUUCUUCCUGUGUUCAGUCUACGCCCCAAUGUGUACGGAGAAGGUUCCGGAGCUGAUUGGUCCAUGUGGCAGCAUGUGUUUGUCUGUACAGAGGAAGUGUUUGCCCGUGCUGCAGGAGUUCGGCUUCUCGUGGCCUGACCUGCUGAACUGCAGCUUGUUCCCGCCCACAAACGAUCACGCCCACAUGUGCAUGGAGGGUCCGGGUGAGGAGGACGAGGACGAUGUCCGGUUUCCGUCGGUGCGCACGCUGCGGCCGCGCCACGGCUUCGACGCUGAGUGCAUCCCACUUGACCAUGACCCUGGUGAUGACCCCGCUCCCCCAGACCGUUACGUGUGGUCAAAGCGCAGCAGUUCCUGCGUGCUGCAGUGUGGCUACGACGCCGGAUUAUACAGCCGCUCUGCCAAGACAUUUGCGGAUGCCUGGAUGGCACUGUGGGCGGGGCUUUGCUUUGUCUCCACCUCCUUCACGGUGUUGACGUUCCUGCUGGACUCGGGACGGUUCUCCUACCCAGAGCGUCCCAUUGCUUUUCUGAGCGUGUGCUACAAUGCCUACAGUGCCGCCUUUCUGGUGUUGCUAGCAGCCGGGCGUGAGCGUGUGUCGUGUGAUGCUGAUGAGGCUGCGGUCCCUGUCCUCGCGCGGGAUGGUUUGAAGAACUCGGGCUGUGCUGUGGUCUUCUUGUUAGCUUACUUUUUCGGUAUGGCCAGCUCCGUAUGGUGGGUGAUCCUCACACUAACCUGGUUCCUAGCAGCAGGACUUAAGUGGGGACAUGAAGCCAUUGAGAUGCACAGCUCCUACUUUCACGUGGCCGCAUGGGCUAUCCCAGCUAUUAAAACCAUAGUGGUGCUUGUCAUGCGCCUGGUUGAUGCAGAUGACCUCACCGGCCUGUGCUAUGUCGGCAACCAGAACCUGGAGGCACUCACCGGUUUUGUAGUGGCACCGCUGUUUACGUAUCUGGCUGUUGGGACGCUGUUUAUUGCCGCCGGACUCGUCUCGCUGUUUAAGAUCCGGUCCAACUUGCAGAAAGACGGCGCCAAGACGGACAAGCUGGAGCGUCUCAUGGUGAAGAUCGGCGUCUUCUCCGUGCUCUACACCGUCCCAGCAUCCUGUGUUGUGGCGUGCUACUUCUACCGUGUCUCAAACUGGUCUGACUUUCAGCAAGCGCCAAGUGACUCAUAUGCCGCUGCUGAGAUGCUCAGGAUCUUCAUGUCCUUGCUCGUUGGCGUAACCUGUGGCAUGUGGGUGUGGUCUGCCAAGACACUGCAGACCUGGAAACGUCGCUGGAUACGCCUACUCUGCCCGCAGAGCAACACACAACGGACCCCCACCAAUAAAAACAGCAAUGGUAAAGGGAACGAGACUGUAGUGUGAGGCAGUGAGACACCAGGUGACAUGGACAGGGCGACAUCUAGUGGACACUCGCUGUCACUGUGCCACAUGCUGCAUCACUGUUCUCUCUGGACAGAUUGUUUUUUUCUUACACUGGACAAUAUGGCGCAGUGGAAAACGUGCAGGAAGAUACAAUAGGAAGUUGUAUCCUGACAGGAAACUGAGUGUUGGCAGGAAGUAGCAGGGCGGCUUCUCCGGUUUGGGGUGAACGGACAACGAGCUGAACCGAAGUGCCUUGUCUUCUCAGACCUCCUGCCACUCUUCACAUUGUGGUAGCUUUCAUCUACAAUGCAGCAAAGACACCUGGGAAAUGGAGUUCUUCCUCUCCUCAGUAAACAGUACCAUUUACCUCACAUCAAGACCACAGCCAUCUGUCCUCUGCAUUCGGAUUCUAAAAGCCUGGUUUAGCGUUCGACUUGCUGUAUGUAACAUGGAGUCCUACUCACCAGCUCUUUGGCCAUUAGCACUGUGUAGCACUGAUCUGAGAAACAGCUCACUCUAACGUGGAUGUAUCCUCAACCCACACUCUGUUCACUAUAUAGUUCACAUAAACACCUUCAGUCUGUUGUGGACAUGCAGUGCAUUAAGGGACAUCUUGUCCACCAUAAUUAUGUCCUCAAUUAUAGGACCUUAAAUUGUUUCCAGUGCAACCAGAGGUUCAGAUAUUAGCAACAGGUUUAAUUUUAGAUGGUUCAUUCCUAAAUAUCUUUAAAUACCUCUUGUUUAUUUACUGACAAGUAAAUAAAACUUCAGAAAACUGUCCUAUAGAAACUAAAAUACAAUUUAUAGAGUGUGAUAUAUAUUUAUUUUUGGAAAAAGUAAAAAAAAAAGUUAAAUCGUAAGAUUUCUGGAAAAAUCCUGCGGUCUGUUUUUUCCUAGUCAUAAUGAAUCAUGUUAAAUGUAAAAUGGCUACCGUGCUAAAAUAUUCCCCAAAAGUUUUAUUGACUAGACCUAGGAGAGUCCAGCAUUUUAGGAAACUCUAACGCUAAUGCCGUAUUGAGUUAAAAAAAAAAAAAAUUAAAAAAAAAUAAAACCCUUGAUAAACACUGAUUUUAUCAGAGGAAACGAAAGUGGGUUUGUGGGCACCAAGAAAUGACGCUAAUUGAAUAUUUACUGGUCUGUCAGCAUGCUCAUAUACUGCAGCUCUCACCCCAUGUGGUUCCUCAUUUUACAGCGAGAUGUAUUUCGAACGUUUUUUACAGGAAUCGGCAGUUUUCACACGGCCAGAAGCAAGUGGCUUUCUCAGGCUAAUUUUAUUACAGAUAAAACUAAAAAAACAACUCAGUGAUAGAAACACAAGUAGAAUCGAACAAAAUAAAUGAGAAUUGGAAUUUAAAAAAAAAAAAAUAGAGAACCACAGAGGAAACAGAGAAGCAGGUUGAAAUAUAAGCACAAGUGGAUUAGUAACUAGAAGUAAACAAAGCUAAUCUUACAGACUAAUGCUAACCUCAAGUGUGUCUGGCUCUGCUAGCUCGUUGUUCUGAAGAGCACCUGGCUGUUGACAGUAAACAAAGAAAAACAUCUUUCUUGCUUGGAAUGUCCUACAAAUGCAGUUAGCUAACAAAAGGAUGUGUUUUGUGUAAACGGUUUUAUUUUCUCACAAGCCCACAUCUGAAUGUCAUGUAAAAUGAUGAAAAUGAGCUGAACUGAGGUAAAUGUUAUCCGUAGGCUACAUAUCUAGCAUGUAAUCAGCGGUAACAUCGUAGCUGUGAAUGAAUUAUUUCAUGACUCAUUUACACCGAUCAGUCAUAACAUUGUGACCACUGACAGGUGAAGUGAAUAAGACUGAUCAUCUCCUCAUCAUGGCACCUGUUAGUGGGUGGGAUAUAUUAGGCAGCAAGUGAACAUUUUGUCCUCAGAGUUGAUGUGUUAGAAGCAGGAAAAAUGGACAAGCGUAAGGAUUUGAGCGAGUUUAACGAAGGGCCAAAUUGUGAUGGCUAGACGACUGGAUCAGAGCAUCUCCAAAACUGCAGCUCUUGUGGGGUGUUCCCGGUCUGCAGUGGUCAGUAUCUAUUAAAAGUGGUCCAAGGAAAGAACAGUAGUGAACCAGCGACAGGGUCAUGGGCGGCCAAGGCUCAUUAAUGCACGUGGGGAGUGAAGGCUGGCCCGUGUGAUCCGAUCCAACAGAUGAGCUACUGUUGCUCAAACUGCUGAAGAAGUUAAUGCUGGUUCUGAUAAAAAUGACGGGUCAGAGCUGUUUUGGCAGCAAAAGGGGAACCAACACAAUAUUAGGCAGGUGGUCAUAAUGUUAUGCCCAAUCGGUGUAUUGGCUUGGAAUUCUUCUCUGCUGAGUUUUCUUACAAAUAUGACAAUUAAAAAUUAAGGUUUACCGGAAAUUGUUAUGUACAUCCUGGAUGCACUAAAUCAUGGCUCCUAAAUCAUGAUCCUGCAACACAAACAGGGCCAACUAGAAGCAUAACUAGCUUCUUAUUAAACAAUAAAACAGUCGAAUAUCCUACAGAUUUCAGGGAUUGGGUUGUUGGAUAUGUUUCAACUGUCCUGACCACAUUAUGCUGUUUCGUUAAGAGGAUUUAUUUAAAUUAA